AUGAGUUACGUUACCACAAUAGUUCUUGUUCUUUUUGGAGUGUACGUAGCUAACAGUAUUUAUGUAAUUUAUCACCUUUUUCACUUGCCGGAAUGCCAAGGCGGUGUUAGAAAGUGUCUUCGUCCAGAUGGCGUUAUUGAUAAAGAAUUGGAGGUAGGUAAGACUUACAUGUACAGGAAAAUCCAUCUUUUUCUCCGAUCAACAAUAAAUGAGCCCUUUUUCUAUCCUUGUAUAUAUACCCUAUUGUUAAAAUGGAAUGGCCCUCAGUUGUUUCGUUAAUAGCGCUUUGCACUAUUCCCAGGGGGGGUACUCGGGAUUUCAACUGACGGGGAUGAUGGUAGGCGGGAUUUUUUUGAGUUAGAAAUUUUCGAUUCCGGGAUUUUUUGGCUACGAAAAUUUGGUUUAGGUAACUUGAUUUGAGUAGGGAUUUUUUGGGGGUAUUAAAAAGAAUCGGUAGUGCCCUGGCUGCGUAGUUCUGCGAAUAAAGUACAAACAAACGUGUUUUGCUGUUGUUUAAUAGUUAACUAUGGUGUCGCUUUACAUCGCACGUGUUAUACAAUAGUCUGCAGAAAUCGGCAUGGGAUUUUUUUGGGGUUAAUUUUUGGUCCAGGGAUUUUUUGGGUUUUGUUGGAAGCCCUAGGGAUUUUUUUUGGGUCUUGACUUUUGGCUCCAUUCGAUCAUCCCCAACACAUGAAAUCCCGAGUACCCCCCCUGGGGCACUAUUACUAAAAAUAGGUUUUGUCACCUUAGACCCCAACCCCCCCCCCCCCCCGCAUGACUCAGACAAACAUUACAUUCUACUCAAAGGCUUUGUAUGAGCAACAUACGUUUCUGACAUGAAAACUGUUCAUAAAAUUCGCAGUGAGUGUUUUUAAAAUGUGUUUUUGAGCUACUCCAAUGUAUAAAACCUGGUUCAAGUAACUAAAAAGAUCACUUUAAGACAGAAAAAAUAAAGCGACUUGAUUAAUGAAGGUUGCUGAAAUCAGAUCCCUGGCCCUGUCUUCAUCAAAUAGCACUCUAUGCACUGAAACAUGACAUGGCUGUGUAAUGCUCCAAAACCAAAAUUGCUAAAGAGAAAAUCGAGUUUCUAUGUACUUCUCGAAAGCCUGUGACAGAAUAUCUAAGCUCAAAAGCACACCAACGUUAGCACAAACCAAAAAAUUUAUAAGUUUGUUCUGUUAUUGUGUGACCAGGCAGAUACCAUAUGAAUUCGGGACGAAUACAGUACUUUAUAUCCUGUAGCGCAACAUAAGCACUCAACUAAAAGAAAUUGAGAAACCUUUGCCUUUAAAUUUAGCCUAAUGCUCCGUUUCAUAAACAGCUUUGAUCGAAUUAGCUCUACUCUCCACACAUUUCUUAGUAAAAUGCCGCAACAUAAUUUUACAAACAGUAAUGACACCGCAUAAGAAAUAAGAUCACUCAUCUGUACAGUUUUUUUUCCAUGUUUAAUGUUGUCUUGGCACGUGUUGAUUAUUUUGAAGAUGUAUAUUAUCAAAACCAAGUGGGAUUUUGUCUUUUUUAACGAUAAAAAUCUUCAAAGGCAAGGGAAGUUUGUUGGCGAACGUGACUUUCCCAUACAAAACUCUUAUACUGGUCGGGUUCAAUGUCUGAGUCACAGCAGGGACCAGAAAUUUGUGACAUCAUUAGUGCAAAGUGCUUUUUAAAUGCUGUAAACCUCCCAAUUUUAAGCCCUGGAAUUAUACUAUGUUGUCAGGAGUUUUAGUAGGGCUUAUAAACUGGACAAAAAGAGCGUUUGAAACCAAGCUACAUAACAGUGCUGAUCAAAUUUGAUAACUUUUUAAUCUUCAAAACGUCGUAAAAAGUCAAAUACAUUUCAAUGCAAGUUAGAGGGGGGCUUAUAAUAGGGGGAGGUUUACAUAACCUUUUGUUUUUUUUGUUUAAAAGUAGAUGAAUCUAUAAAUGGGGGGGGAGGGGCUCAUAAGUGGGGAGGGGAGGGGGGUUUAUAAUCAGAAGUUUACAGUAAUAAAUUAGCUCCCUUCAUCUGUUAAUUGCCCUCUGUUGUAACAAGAUACCGGUUUCUUCAAUGACUCAAAGAGGUCAUCACGGCUUAACUGCAGAAUACCCCGUUACUUCUAAGCUACAUCCUAAAUUGGGUGGAUACGCGGAUACGUGGAUACGCAGAUGUGCCACAUGGGGGAACUGGAUACCAAUGUCAUGUAACAUACUUGAAAUGACCAGCAGUAUGCGGUCAAACCUCCCGGCCAUAGUAUUAUGCAAAAUUCAACUAAGUUCCUGUGAAAAGCAAGCUACAAAUGUAAUACCGUUGAACCUCCAUGUGCGACCACAAAUUGUAAGCGACCACCUCCCAUAAGUGACCAUGCACCUAUCCAAAACACCAAAACUUUCCCAGUCAAAGCCUUACAGUUGGAACCUCUAGUACAUGACUAGUAAGUGACUGUGACCACUUUUGCUCUUGUUUUGUUUUGUAUUUCUUUACCAUAUUUUUUGUACCUAUUAGCUGGUUUCAAUUUAUUCACAUUGCUGCCCGAUCACAGCAUCGCGAGUUGUUGUGGUGAAUGUAUUUCUAGUAACUUUAUUUUUUUUUACAGGUAUUAAUCUGUACAUCCCUUCAGCAGCACAGGGUCAACAGCAAAAAUUGUCCCUUACUUUGGAAGAGUAACAACUUUAGUUUGUCAGAGCAGUUUGCAGUGUGAGUCUCAUGAGGCUUAUUUACAUGUGUGUAGUGUUGUGGGAUAUUUAUACAAGUCACGCUGUAUUUUCAUAAUCCCCUACGGCCAUUCAAAACUAGCCUGCGCGCAGACCCUUUAAACCACACUAUAUGCGAUACGUGGGCCGGCUGCACCACAGGCUAUUCAAAACACAAGAGAGGAGUUUUUGAUUAAAAAAACUGUUCUUUUAAGUGUCCUGGCGUAGUCUGUGAAUACAGCUGCUUUUCCUUGCAUGCAUAAUGACUGUUUUUUAGUACACUGUAGAUUCACGGUGUUUAAUAGUUUAAUACUGAAUUUGAUUUGUGUUACCCUUUGUAUUUUUGCUAUCCCUUGUUAACAGUAGAGCAGUACUAUGUUGACCAUUAAGCACUCAUUGACCAGAUUACAGACAAAUCUACGUGAUCAGACUGAGUAUGGAAUUUUUUGGCCAGACCGCACAUGUCUCUCCCUCAAACCAUCCCAAACGGCAAGAACGAGGGGAGACAACUCGAUUCACAGGCUACUUUUUGAGCUAAAUUGCACCAUAUAAUAUGAUGUGGUUUUUAGACUUGUAAAAUGAGAGGUAGCUAUUGUUGGCAAUGCUGAGAACUUUAAAAUUUGAAACUCUUAUGUACAGGUCUAUUUUGUUUUUAUUAUUAUUUUUUUUAAAUUCAAAUUUUAAACUUGUUUUUAUUACCCCUGCUGAGUUUCUUGCUGAUUGUACAUUGUUGGUCACUAAAAAAAACAACAACUAUAAAAAAUGCUUUCAAGACUGCUUGACAAUGGCAGAUGUGGAAUACACUUUAUGUUGACAAAAAAUAUUAUCACCAUGGUUCAAUGUAUACUUGGCCACUGUAACCACAUGUUUCCUUGUAUACAUGGACAUUUCCAUGCUCAAGUUGCAUUUGAACGUCCUAUUUUUACAGAUCAGUAAAUGCCAGUUUACCGCAGAAGACAAGAAAUAAUGGAUCGCUAUUUGCUCACCUGUUUAUUUACCCAGUUGGAGAAUCUCCUUUCAACAGUGAAUAUGCUUCACAUGCUGUUGCUCCAUUAACUGUGUACUCUUUACCUCAAGAUGAAUCAAUUAAUCUUUUAAAUUCUGGUGAAAUGCCAAAAAAGGUGAGAAUUCUAGUCCGCCACCCUGGUUUGUGCAGAAGGAGGGCACUCCUUUAUUUUUGACUAAAUGAAUACAUGAUGUGCUACUUUUAACAGGGUGUGGCUUUUGUGGCCUUGAGUCUUCAAUUUACAUGGUGUACACUACAAUUUUCUUUUUUUCUAGUCCUUAACAGGGUGUCUUUCUAGAAACCUUGAACUGGUUAUGAACGGUAGCUAUGCAUGGUUUAUGCAUUGUACAUGACCAGUACAAUAAUUUUCUAAAAAAAUAAAAUUUUAUGAUGUCACAUGUAAGAAAAAAACUUUUGUUUGUUUUCAAUUUGAAAUGAAUCAGCGUCACAAAAAGGCCUCUUGUCUAGUGAAUUAAGGUGGUGAUUGUCAGGGCUUGAAGGACUAUUAAUGGCACACACCUAGCCAAUGGCACAGCACACCCACCCUUAACUGCCCGUCUCCCAGUCUCUUUGGCUCUUAUCAAGAGACGAGAGGGAUCAAAUAGAUUGAUAAAGUGAUCAAAUGUUGUUUAUUUCGCAGAAACAAAGUUCACCAUCCAGUGACAUCCCAGUGACGCACUGGAAACCAAUUCUCAACUUUCAUGUUUUAAAUGAAAAAGUUGUAUUUGAUCGUCAAGCCAUUCCUGGUGAGAUCUACCCGUUUAUAAGGUAAGUGAAUAGUCAACUGUAAAGUUUCAGCUGAAGUAUAUGCUCCUUUCUCCUGUCAAAAUUACUGGGCUUUUUUUUAAUGUACAUUAUGGAGUGAGAUAAGGUUAAUUUUAACCCUUAGGCAGGGUUGUCAGAAAGUUUUGAAGUAGAUGGCGGAGUUGUCAAAGUAAGCGGCCAGUCCAGGGUUAUUUUAUUUAAAAAAUUCCAUCCGUAAAGAAAUGCCAAGCAGAGUAGCCGGCCGAUUCUAACCAAGUAGGCGGCAAUUUUCACCGACAGCCGGCUACUUUUGACAACCUUUUGCUUACAGAAACAUGACCGCUGGCAGUCAUAUAUUGCAUUUUUCAUGAAACUUAGGGUACUUACUAUUUACAUGGAAAGUAAGGUUAGAAAAUUAAAUGGUUCUUGACCAUUCUUGCCACUCCAUUUAAGAAGCUUCUGAAAAUAUGGGCUGUGAUUUGAGGCAAUGCAAUUUUUCUACUCUUUUUUCUCUGUUCAGCUGAAGUUGUUAUUCUUUGCAAAGGGUCAUUCUCCCACCAAGUCAAAUUUUAUAGUUUUGUGUUUGUAUUAUAUGCCCAAGAUUUCUACCCAGAUGGUUUGUGUAAGUAGUAUAAGCACCCUUGUUUUCGUAAGAAAGUUCUUGUCACUUUUGCUAGUUCAUGUUCUUAUAUUUAUGUGUUACAUGUUCGUUGGUUUAUGCUAUAAAUUUAUACAGUAAGUAUGGUAUGUGUAAGUAACAUGUAAAUUAUCACAAAUGACAUAACUACUUAGUCUGACUAUCUAAAAUAGCGAAAUUAACCAUUUAAGUCCCAACAGUGAUCAACAUCAAUUUUCUCUUUACAAUAUCAAUACAUAAUCAAGAGAAAUGGUAGUGAGAAUAAAUGAAAUGAUCACCUACAGAAAACGGCUUUGAUCUUUUAUCAAAUUCGCCCUGCCAUUUAUUAAGACACUGCAUAUGGACAUCAGGUUAGAUAUUAUUAUUGAAUAUUGGGGUUUGAAGGGUUAAUAUUAAAUACCGCUAUCUUCAUCUAAUAGUAUUUGAUUUUGUUCUUUUCCUUUGCUUUUUAGUUUAGCGCCCAAUAAUGACUAUCUGCCAGUUUUAUACAUUGAUCAGCUGGGUGUUAUUUAUAGAUACCUCAAGGUAAGACUACUAUCAUUAACUUAUAUGAGGUAUCACUGAACCAUGUUUUGCUUCAUAUCAUAGGAUGUUCAGGUUGAAAUUUGGACAAUCCUUCAAGAGUCAUGUGUAAGAUUAUGGCCUAGAUACAAUGAGUCCAUCUCAUCCCUCACUUCUCGGGGCCUAAGAGAGCAGUGGAAAUUGAGCGUUAACCCAAUCCUGAACCUGUAAAGUUCAUGGUGCCCAGCGUUGAUUUUUAUGCCAAAACUGAGAAUUCUCAGUCAUCCAAGAGCAGAAGUGAGGCCUUGAAACAUUCUUCUGACUGUUUUGGUUAGAUAUAAAAUGAAGUCUUAUAAAAUAAGAAAGAGUGUUUGAUAAUUAAGUAACUUAUGCAGGUAGAGGCUGUUCCUUGGAAAAGCUCAGCAACAAACAGUUCCCUAUGUAAAUUUUACUUGUCUACUAUCAUGAUGUUUUGUUUUUGUUUUUGUUUUUGUUUUUUCAAGCCUGUGAAUAAAAGUAGUACACAGAUGGAACUUAAGAUCAAAUAUUCACCCAUCUCCCUUGGGAAGCUUCGCAUCUGGGCAUCUGUUCAUCAUUCAUUCAAAUCUAUGAGGCAACUAGGUAAGAAAUGCUUUGUGACAGGGAGUAAAUUAAGCAAGUUUUUAAUGUGGAUUGUACAAUUGCAAAGUUUAUGUGAUUAUAUUGAUACCUUCAGUUGUUUCUUUGAAUAGACCAGUUUUCAAUUAUUAAAAUGAUUAUUAUUCAUACUUACAUGUAGCUCCAAGCCUGAGGGAUACGAUUGAGGCCCAUUCACACUAAUGUGUUUUUGUUUGAAAGUGCUUUCAUUGUGAUGCAUUUAGGCCUGAGCAUUUUCAUCGAAACGCAUUGAUUUGAAAACGUUCUCGAAAUUGGAUCAAAAUCUUGAAUGCCAAUGUGAAAGACAUUAAACCGUGACUCAGAAAUUUAGUGUACACUUCUGUACUCUGGAAGUUCACUACAGAUGUGGAUCUGGAAUUUUUCAUGACUGUAUAUCCAGUUUUUGUAAGGAUGUUUUAAUUUUUUAUGCACUUUUAAAGUUGGGAACCUGCCCUCAUACAGUUAACGACUGUUGAAGCAGUGUGAAUGCUGUUGUUGUUUUAAACCUUGUUUGUUUUGCCAUAGAUGUUGAUAAGGAAACGAAACGUUAAUUUUAGGUUCAUUAAUGUAUCCAAAGUGUUAAAUGUUUCUCAUUUGAAAAUACGUCAGCUCUUGGAUAUAUACUAGUAAUGAUAACGUCUUGUGAGCAGUUGAGUUUUUUUGGAGGUUGUAAGUAGUGAUCAUGUGACGGUUGAUAACUGCUCUUUCCGUCUGUUAAUAUUUGUAAAUCGCCUGUUUGUUGAUGUACUCAAUCUUUGAAAACUACAUAUAAACACAUUCUCAGGAAUGAUGAGAGACUCGUUUAGUUGUUUUGUUAACUACUAUUUCAUUGGCGUGGGUUUGAAAAUCCUCCUAUAAAAACUCCUAAAUCUCCUAUAUUUUUUUGUGCUUUGCUCCUGCUUUUCCUACAAAUUAUUUUGAAAAUGGCUGGGAUGUAUGAAAUAAGGUCUCACGCCCUUAAAAGUGUGGAAUCAUCCCCUCCCUUUAAGAUCACUUUCUCAAUUAUACUAGAGACGUUUUAUAAUAGUUUCUAAGACGAGAACGACCACGAGAAUGAGAUUUUCACAAUACUAAGUAGUCCAGUGUCAUUUUGGCGGGAAAACGCAGUAGCCGUGGUCAAUCUAUUACGCGUCGUAGUGGUGGAAACAAGCCAUGAAAUGUUAGAAGUCUUAUCAUUUUGCGAUCGGGUGAGGACUUAACCUCCUUCAAUGAAAAUAACUGUGUUAACGUUUCGGGUGAAUGAAAUAAUAAUAAAUUAAUUAAUUAAAAAGCUUUACUGGGUGUCUGGUUUUUUGAGAAUAGGUGAAAAAAAUCUUACGUCUAAUCUCAUCCUCCUAGUCGUUCUCGUCCUCGUCCUUGAAUCUAAACGAAAAUAUAAAAAACCCCUUCCUUUUCUCAGUGGACCAGGCUACUUUAUUUCAUUUUGUUGAAGGAAAUUUCAUAUUAAAGUGCCCCCAGCCAUUUCGGAAAAAAUGGUCAGUGCUAAGUAUCCUGCGAGCAAGCUCUCCGUUUGGGGUAGUCGCGAGAAGUCACGCGACAGCCACACGCGUGAGGAGACGCGAGUGCGAGUGGCUUCGUCGCUCGCUCGCGCGUUCUCUCACGGCUUGCUUCGCUCGCUUGCUCGCAGCCUUAAGUGCUCAGUCACUUACUGGAUUUGUCAAACCUAGUUAUCUCCUUUUAUAUUUCUUAUAUUUGAAAUCUUCAGUAAUAAAUCCAUUAAGAUUAUUUAUUUUUUCAGGAUUUUCAGAAAAGGACUUAGAUGAAAUACGAGGAAUCUUCACAGACACCAAUCUUAUGUUUCUUGGUCUGACAUUUGCCAUUACAGUACUCCAUGUAAGUAACACUACCACAUCAGCAAUUAUAAACGAGACUUUUUUUCUUUCCAAAAAAUGGCGUGUUUUGUGAUGACGAAAUCGCGGAGAGCUAAAUCCAAACAAUUUACUUCGAGUGCUGGCAAAUGGCAAAUUCGUGACUCUGUGCAAAGACUGCGAGGCUAACCCUUGUCCCCGUGAGCCUCAGAUUGGUGAAUUUCCCGCUCCAGAAACUAUUAGGGGAAUUGGUACAAGCUUUCGGCGCAACGAUUUCUGGGAUUGUUUGAGUGGACAAGCGUUACUGUUGAUCGGUUAAUAGUUGGCUUGACUACCAUCGACCAAUCAUAACUAACGCUUGUCCAACCAAACGAUUCCAGAAAUCACUGUACCCAAAGCUUGUAGCCAUUCUCCCUAUAGUUUAUGAAGUGGGUAUUAGCGAGAAGGAGACCGCAGAAGAGUGUUUAAAAUGCCGUCCAGAGAGACUUUGACCGACUCUAAGUUUUUCGCAAACUUCUGAUUAGCCGUUCGUGUACUUAAACAGGGCACAAAUCACCGAUCAAAUUCCAAAACAUAUUCGCAGUGUGGUAGGCUUCUUUCUGGCUAAAAUUGUAGGGAGAAGCCCGUGUCAAUGCGGAGAAGCCAUUUAUAUAUUCAAAAAUAGGAAUUGCAAGAACCUCAAAGCCCUCCAAGAACAUCUGAAUUCUACUAACAUUUUGCGAGACUCCUGUACUUUUUUGAGGGAAACUGACAUAUUUUUAAUUUCUUUCCUUCUCAUUUUGUUGCAGCUUCUGUUUGAUUUCUUAGCAUUUAAAAAUGAUAUUAAUUACUGGAAACGCAGGGACAGCAUGGUGGGACUAUCAAUGAGAACAGGUGGGUAUCAGGGAAUAGGGGAGUCAAUCGAAUCUUUCAAUUUUCAGGGGCACCCAACGACAAUUUUCGGAAAAAUAUCUGUUCGGAGGACGAUUUGAGAGCUAGAAUUUUCGAAACAUUUGUUGUAAAAUUUCUUGCUUGCCUGCCUUUCCUAGGAUUUUCGAACAUCUAAAAAAUGGUAUAAUUGCCUAUUUUUAACGGAUUUUUACCCUAAAAAGGUCACCUAGAAUUUUCGGGAGCCUUUUUUUCUGGCUGAAAUUUUCGAAAAGGUAAGUUUUGAUUCCUAUAAUUUUCGGAUCACUAGACUUUCAGCUAGGAAAUCCGAACAGAUGAAAAAUUUUUAGCGAAUAAAAAUAUGCCUUUGUCUACCUUUUAAAUACUAAAAUACGUUUAACAAUGCUAUGUUUAAGUGUCUUUGAACUACAUUCUCGUUGGGUGCCCCUGAAUUUUUUGCGUCAUUCGUAUAUGCCUUUCAUUCAGUUAUCUGUGAAAAUUGGAACCCGAUAUACUGAAUAGUUUCGGAGAAAUUAUCUUUGAAAAACUCGAAACUUUACAAACAAUGUAUGGGCUCAUUAACGCGGUUUUUGCCAUCAAGCAAUUUCGCAGUUUUCGAUGGCUGCUGUUUUCUUUGUUAUUGCUUGCAAAGAGCUGAAAAUUGGACAAAUUGCUCAAAUUAACCAACUCUUUCAACUUUUGAAUUUAAUUUGUUCAUUUCGUGACGUCUUCUCGUUUUGUGAAAAUGAGUUGUAUUUGCAUGAGAAUAUAAAUUACUUUUCAUAAUGGCUUCGCACUUAGCCUCCCUUUGAAACAGAGGCUGAGGAUAGAGUAAGGGCCUGUUUACAUGGAGGUGGGGGACCUCAGGCAGGUGAGGUAAAAUAUAACGUGAUCAAAUCAAAAUGAGAGAUUAUAUGGACAAGCGGGUUACCCCACCUAAGCGGGCUGUCUCACCUACCUGGGGUCCCCCACCUCCAUGUAAACAGGCCCUAACUCAGAAUGGACUGUUACCGUUGGUGUCAGAGUCCUUUCCGUGCGCGCGGCUGGAUGCUACGGACUCCAGACAGGAGCCGCGAAGCUUUUCGCGUUAAUCACCAAAAAGACUUGACUGAAAUCGGAAACUGCGCUUGAAAAGUCUCCCUGGGUCGGGAAACGCUUCCGUAUUAUAAGCCUUCCAUGAAGUUUGUAUUUACAGGGUCUGAAAGAGGCGUCCUGAUCCCGCAUUCCCGCUCUUUAUUUUCACGACAAUCCCGCAUCCCGAACUUCCCGAACGAAAACCGUUUUCUUUCCCAAUACUGCACACUGUGCCAAGAUUUUGGCGAAUCCCGCUUCCGAGUAUCGGUCAAAGCCUGUAUCCCGUAAGUAAAUUUUGCGUUUUCCCGAAUCUCGUGCUACAUUUCGGGUCAAAUCUGGGAUCCCGAGAUAACCCUUUCAGACCCUGAAUCCCUUACUUACAACUUUUUUCUCAUUAACACAUGCUUAAUAGAAAGAUCAUAGCAGAAUUAGCCAUCUCUAAAAUUUUGAGCCCGGUAUAUCAUAUUUUUUUUUGGAGAAAUUCUGUUUUUAAAACUGACAACUUAACAAAAAUUGUAUGACGCAUUGGAAUUUUUGGCACCAGUCAAUUUUGCAGUUUUUGAUGGUUAAUAAACAGCGAGGUUAAAAAGCUAAGGCGUGAUAACUGUUUGCUUCAGUGAAAUUCCAACUGCCUCCUAUAUUCACCUCGGAUGAGACAUUAAACUUAUAAUAAUUGUUGACGGUCAAACUUUUCUUCUAAAAGUUGACCAAUUGAGGCCCUUGUUUGUCGUUAGCAAUGGUUAGUUUUUGCUAAGAGCCAUUUUCUCAUUUGUUGCACUGCAGUUAUUUGGAGAUGUGUCAGUACAAUAAUUAUCUUUUUAUAUCUAAUGGAUGAGAAAACCAGCCUUCUUGUUCUUAUUCCUGCUGGGAUCGGCUCAUUGAUUGAGGUAGGUCGACGUCGUUACUGAGUUAUGCCCUUAACAACAAGAGUUGUAGGCAACAGUUAAAGUUUUGAUUUUAUCUUUUCCUCAAAACAUGAAACAACUGACAGGCAGGGAGGUAUUAGGAGCAUUUCUAUCGGGUUUCUGUUUGUGCGAGUACUAGAAAAAGUGGUACUAAAACUCCGAAAAUGAAAGGAAAUGUCAGACUCCUAAGUGGUGCAAACUGGAAUGUCCAGAGGGUUUGGGGUGGGGCACAGGAGAUUAGAUCAAGAGACAAAUCAACAAAAAAUUGUCUUUGGAGAUAUAGAGAUUUUCUUGACCGAAACAUUGCGGUGUUGUUUUAUUUGAGUUCAACUUAAUUUUUUGUUCUGUACAGAUGUGGAAAGUGACCAAGGCAUUCAAGGUCAAUAUAACAUGGGAAAAAGGAUCAAGACCUUCAAUACAGGUGAAUAGAGGUGACCGGCCUACCCUGCUGUGUCAUGAAAUAAGGUUAAGCUCUGUCAUAUUUAUUGUUGCCUAAAUUUUUUCCGUUUUAUAGUUUGGGAAGCGUUCAAGCAAGGAACAGGAGACAGAGGAAUUUGAUAGCGAAGUAAGUGCCUGAACAAAAUAUUGGUACAUUUAUUGAUGGGAACACCACUAUCGAGGAUUCGUGUAUAUACAUUAGCGCCAUUUAUACAAGGAAAAAAAAUAAGACGCGUCUUUCAUAAGAGGCAAACCGCCCCAGUCUGUUCUAGGCUCUCAGAUAGUAGGAUUGACGCGUAAGUAAGGCGCGCGAAAAUAUAAGCGCGUGCGCGUUACCCGACUAUCUCGGAGCCUAGCCUGCGUGGCCGGCGUUGAAAGGGAAAGGGGAAGGGGGAAUUUGGGCGCGCGCGAGAGCACGCUCUCUCGCGCGCCCAAAUUCCCCCUUCCCCUUCCCCUUUCAACGCCGGCCACGCAGGCUACUCGGAGCCUGGAAUAGGCUAAAACUGCCCUGUAUAAACGGCACAUUUCGUCUGAAAUAAGAUGCGACUUAGCUACGACGCGUCUUAUCUAAGUUUUAUCUAAGUCUAAGUCGUCUUAUUUAAGUCGCGUCUUAUUUCAGAUGAAAUGUGUUAUAGAACGCGUCUUAUGAAAGACGCGUCUUAUUUUUCCUCUUAUAAAUGGCCAUCAUUUCUUACUCAAGUAAACAGUUUUGGUCCGGGCGCAACGUGGCCGGUCUUACCAUAAAUAAAUAAGUAGAUAAAUGAAUAAUUAAAUAAAUAAAAAAAUAACAAAAACAAAUACAAAGACAACACCGCAAGAUAAAGAAAGAUUCGUCACUUAAAUGUGGACCAGAGGGUUAAUAAGAAAUUUAUUGAUAUAUCUCUGGGUGGCCUGAGUCGGACGCGAAAGAGCACACUGAACACAUGCGCGCCCCACGGUAGUUGAUCAUGUAGAACGAAUACUGACAAAGAGGGAUCAAUUGUCGACCGAUGUCGGCCGAGUGUUCCUUGUAUCUACUGCUGGUGGAGACACUUCAGCGAUUUAUCGGUCUAGCAUACGCCGAUAAUUUACCAGCACUAGGUAAAUACUAGACCGACAUGCCGAUACUGGACUGUGAUAUCGGCCGAAAAUUAUCCGCAAAACACUUAAGCUACAGAACGAGAGACGUGAUGGUGAUUUACCAUUUUCCAUGUCUGGAGAGUAAAUGGUGCACGUUUCGGGUCGUUCCAGUGAAAAACUUUCGGUUGCAACGAAACGUCUGUAAAAGUAGUCAAUUUUUUUGCUGUCGGAAUGAGCCAAACGGAUUUUCUUGUUCAAUUCCUUAACACUUAUCUUGGAUACCAGUCUCAUGCCUUCGCUGCUGUUUUAUUUUCCCGUAAAUAGGACGAGAUUCACAACAGAACUUGCCAUUCCUGAGUUUUGUUUACCAUUUGCUCAUUCUCUGCAACCGUGAACCAACCGGUUUGACCAUGUAUAAAUAGGGAAUUUGAGACACCCCGACGGCGACGGCUACGGCUACCGCUACGAAAACGUCGCUUAUACUCGAACUCAUUCACUUUGUCAAAUGCAAGCAAACUCUUUUUGAGCCGAAUUCCUAAGAACCAUAUACAAAUUCAGAAAGAGAAAGAAAAUUUAACAGUCCCUUCUUUACGUCCUCCAUAAAACGUGAAAUUAGGCAUUUUCCUUUCGUAGUCGUGCAGUGGCAGCAGAGAAAUGUACAAAAAAGAGUGAUGCACGUACAAAGUUGUCGUUUUGCUCAUUCAAGCUAUUGCUUUUUUGACGUUUUUCGUUGUCGUGGCCAUCUUGGCAUCUUAAAGUCUCUAAUGGUAAACAAUAAACACAUAUGAUGGACAUCACUGUGCACAAAAUGGAUAUUUCGUGCCUCGUCUCACUUAUACUUGCCCCUCAUGCGUUUUCUUCAUACUGGUAAUUAGCAGGCUUUCGUUCCGUAGAGGUUUUGUUGAAUUAAUAAAUUGUUUAUGUUAUUUUGUAUUUAAGGCUAUGCGUUAUCUAUCGUACGCCCUGUAUCCUUUGCUGGUAGCUGGCGCAGUGUACUCUCUAGUUUAUUAUCCACACAAGAGGUAAUGUAAAAUCCUGGUUUCAUUUGGUCAAAAGAUGGUUAUCGAAAGUUCGAAGCAAAUAACCGGAAAUAAGGAAAUAAGCAAAUGGAUGGUGAAGUGAAGUCUCAUGCAGACUUCACUUCAAGGGCAGCAAGAAAUAAAGAUUGAUAUUUUGAAAGAGGAAUUAAGUAACAAAUCUUGAUUGAUAUACUGGGAUGGACACUGAAUUUGAACUGGAGUGACAAAAGAGUGAAGACAAAGAAUUGACACGAUUGUUUUGCGAGAAAUUAUCUGUUUCGGACGUCAGUUCACCUUUUUUUUUCCAACUUGUCACGCGCUUAAAACAUGGUUCAAGUUAUCGAGGGAACAAUUAUACACAAAUUAUCUGAAGGGAAAACAAAAAUUACUUCGAGUUAUUUGGAAGUUCAAGUUAUCGAGGGCUCGAGUUACCGAGGGUAAAAUUGCAGUAAACCUAUGAAAGAAAUCCAGGGGAGACAAACGGACGAGUUAGCGAGGGUUGCAUACCCAAGUUUAGGCUAUUAAAAAGGGGUUCAAAAACCAUUCUCUCUGGCGUCCCACAUAUCAGUAACGAUUAUGUAAGGAAGUACCUCCUUUCCGAGGGAGGCAAGGAAUAACCUCUUGAAAAGAAAAGUGUGUAAAACAUCUCCUCAGUUAGCCUGCGAGCAAGCUCUCCUAUUUGGGCAAGCGAAGCGAGCCUCGCGAGAACGCGCGAGCGAGGGGCCGAGGCCUUUCCUCUGUCCCUCGCGGCUUCGCCGCUCGCUCGCGCGUUCUCGCGAGAUUCGUUUCACUCGCCAAAAUAGGAGAGCUUGCUCGCAGGCUACUCCUCAGUUUAAUAGCUCUGUCGUGUAACAGAGCAUUCUGUGUCCUCAGUCGUCAACUUCAGGCCUCUUCUCCUUCUACGUAUGGGUUCAUGUUCUUCUUUAUUUGUGUUUCUGUCAUUUCAUAAAGCUGCUGCACUGUUAUCUAUUUUCUAACCUUUCAUUCCUCUCCUUUAAUUCCAGUUGGUAUUCUUGGAUUAUUCGAAGUCUUGUGAAUGGUAAGUUAGUUGUCAUCCAUUUUCAAACCAUUUUUGAAAGAAAACCGUCAAAACACGUGUGAAGACAGGGUCUGUCACCUUUUGGAAAGAAAUUAAAAAAAAGAGACAGGGAGAGAAGAAAACAAGAUUCCUAGAUCUCAGACGCAAGUAUCCUUUUGACUGCGAGGUUUUCCCGAAAAUAGGACUAGUAUAUGGCUUGUAUGAAGUUCUGUUUUUACUCUGUGAACUUUGUCUUCAAUCUCACUUAGACGUCACCAGGGCAGGAAUUACCCUGGAAAUUUGACCCUUUACCCUCUCUCCCAGUAGUGCCUGCCCCCCCAAAAAAAAAAAAAAAAAAAAAAAAACAACAAAAACAUAUAAGGAGAAACAAAAAACAAACUGCGGUGAUAAACAUAAGGAAAUAUAAACGCUUUUCGUUCUUGAAAGCCGGAAAAAAGACUUUAACUUGACGUUUCGUAUGUUCCAACAUACAUCUUCAGAAGUAAUAAACCGUCGAAUAACAACAGAAAUUUAAAUGUAGAAUAAGUAACUGAUUAAAGAAACGAAAUAUAACAUAGUAGAAAAUUUGCAUUAAAAGAAAAAGCAUGCAGACUGAAAAAGGUAAAGUUUUUCACUACCGACAUUUUCAUUUAGGGAAGGUUCUAAGUCCCUAAUCAGCCGAGUCUCCUUUAUCUUGCAAUGGGUGUUCAACCGUCCUCUUGCAAAAACAUUUUAAAUUGCUUUUUGUAGAACAUCCUAAAAGACAAAUAGUACUUCGCAAAAGUUCUGCCAAAGGAUGAGGUCUAUUUUCGAAGUAAUCGUAGUGGAGGAGACAGGUCAUGAAAGGUGACAAACAUUAAAGAUAAAAAGCUACCUGAAGAUACACAAUAGCCCACGUUCGAAUUCAAACAUGAAUUCGAGGCUUUAGGGGCAAAAUUGCAAAUUUUUCACGACUCCAUUUUCUCGCAAUUCCCAGGAGAGACUUGAGCACAAAGAAAAUCCUGAAACCAAAUAUAGAAGAGCGACCAGAAAGAAAAGUGGCACACGAGCCGCUCACUGUUGUUUUUACCACAUUUUGACGUCCUCUGUGAUCUAUUACUGAACAGACCCACGGCAACAUGGAAUCUAUUUGUUUUAUACGAUGAUCAGAAAAGAAAAAGACCGAUACACAUACCUGCCUCGAACCGCUUGACCUUUUGAGGGUUUGUGCUAGUUUAGGCAUUUUUUAAGUCCCAAACCCAACUUUUCAUCUUAGCUUCUUCUUUAUCUUACUUGUGUACAGUUUCUUCGAAAAGUUUUUCACCGUCUUUUCUCGCUCAAAGAAGAAUAAUAGCGAAAACAUUUUGCAAAACAGCGAGUCUCUCGUAGCGAAGACACACGAUGGCAACUGUUGUGAAGAUUUCUUGUAGCUUAGGCAUUGUCAAGUAGUCAAUAGCUUUUUUGGUCUCCGUUUCUCCAUUUUUCUUCUUUGUAAAUAGCUCCUGCUAAACUUUUUCCGAAGCUUUCACUUGCCUCAAUCCGACAUAAUCUCACAAACAUUUUCAAAACCGCGUGCCAUGUUGAACAAAACAAAGAAAACAAGUUUCCCGUGACGUCAUCCAUGUAUCUGUACUCUAAUAGAUCAUGGGCAACGACCAAUCACAGCGCGCGUAGCAUUCACAUCAUUGUAUUAAUUGAUAUGGAACGUUGGCCAUUCUACCGGUAUAUUUUCUGCUCACAAAUUGUGACUGAAUAUAUUAAUGCAACGUUUUCAUUGGUCAAUAAGAUCAAAAUGGUAGGAAUGCCAGUGUACCUUGUGCACCGUUAGGUAAAAAAAAAAACAACCCUUCAACAGAGAAGCCUGACUGGUUUCGUAACCAUCCCACUCUAUUAACUAUGAAGUAAUUAACAUCAUUAGAGCGCUUUUACUCGGUAACUAUUAGCUUUGAGUUUAUUUUAGAAAUUCAGCACCUGCUUUUGUCACCUUCAGGUGUGUACGCAUUUGGUUUUCUGUUCAUGCUUCCUCAGCUGUUUGUCAACUACAAGGUGAGUUUUUAGGACAAAGCAUUAGUCAACUCUCUUUUAAUACCUCUCUAAAAGUUGACUCUCUACCAGACGGACAUCCUCUAAGACCGACACCUAUUGUUGCUUCCAAAGAUGUUCGUCUUUGAGCCGAUAUAGAAUAACGGAGAAUACGACAGUUCCGUAUAGAAUAGGAUGAUUCGGUGCAGCUCAGACUGUGAUGAUCUCUUAUGAUGGUAUGGAAUUUCGUGCUUAGCUAUGGAAAAGCGAAAACUUGAACAAAAGUGAGAAAACAAGGGUGAUCUUGCACUCAUUACUGGUGUAAAGGGGUUAAAAAAUCAGUAGAACCUCGCUACCUGAAUACUCGGCAGUAACGUGACGACAGUGAACAUUACGCUUUGAUGUCAAGCUGCGUAUACAGACUAGCCUAGGAACCUAGAGAGUCGUUGUCAAUAUCACUGAGCUGUACUUGCUUACCAGGAGAUAGGACUUGCCUCAAGUCGACCUCACGAUUUCACGAGUUUCUAAGCGAGCAGAGCGAGCUUUUUAGGCCGCGAAGCGGCCGAGCGAACAGCGAAGUCGCAAGCCGUCUUCGUCCUGCGGCAUAUUAGGGAGCUUUAGCAUCGACGACGGCAACGGCAGCGAAAACGUCAGUUUUAAAAUGAAUUCCCGUUUUUUCAAUCUUCGUCGCGUUUAUUCCAAUUUGCUGAAAAUGGCAAGCGUAGGCGAAUUUCCCCUGGAGUUGAUUUCUUGAGGACCGCACUCAAGUUUAGAGAGAGAAAAAGAGAUUCGUCGUCGCUUGUUUACGUCCUCCAUAAAACUUGCAAUUAGGCAUUUUCACGUCGUAGUCGUGCAAGGACGGUAAAGAAAUGUACAAAAAUGCGUUGUGCACGUGCAAAGUUGUUGUUUUGCGUAAUAAACCUUUUGCUUUUUUGACGUCCUCUGCUUUGCCGUCGCCGUCGUCGUUGCUAAAGCUCCCUAAUAAGUCAGACGAAGGACUCUUUUGAAAGACGAACAAGAGGAUUUAUGAGAACACCUCCAAACAUUCGGUUGGUUUUGUUAAAAGUGUUAAAAUACUCGAACAAGACUCGGAAGGUCUCACGCUCAAUCUCCUAAUCCUAAUUGACAGAACGUCAGCUGGAACCUGAUCCCGGUUCACUUAUAACUUGAUGUACACCACUGACAUUGUCUUUUCUUUUUUCUUCAGCUGAAAUCAGUCGCUCAUUUACCCUGGAGAGCCUUCAUGUACAAGGUAGGUGGCUUCUUAUUUACAUUUCAUGGGGCAGGAAGAGGUGAGUCUUUGUUGAGCGACAAAAAAAAAUUCCUGUACGCCAACGCGCUGGAAAUAUCAUGUCACAAAAUUUACCUACUGCAUUAGAAAGGUACCUGUUCUCGCUCGCAAUCGCCGAUAUGGCAAUGAAAUCGGAUUAAUUGAUCUCUUGGUUUGCAACUUUUAGUAUCUGCACUAUUUUUCAACAUUUCUGCAAAAAUGAGAAGGGUCGCUAAUUUAUACGUUUAUUUAAAUCUUCGUCGAUGAUUUCCUUUAAAAUUGCUCUUAAGGUCUUUUUUCUCCAUAGUGCUUUCCAACAAAGUUUGAAGUUUGUUGAUAUACUCUAAGGGUAUAAACAACCGACGCCAAAACGGCAAAGUUUGCGCUGUCUUUUCAGGAGCCCUUAGUCACUUGUCUUAUUUACAGUGUGUCUUCAAGGUUGAUAAUUGGUAGUCAGGCUCUUGAAAAACCUCAUCGAGCCACCUAAAAUUUGACUCUGUUUAUGGUCCCCUUUCGCUGCAGCCUGCGAUAUAGAAAUGUAUAAUUGCAAACAUGUUUUUAGUGUUUGUAAUCAAUUAAUGGUGACGAGUAAAAUUUGUAUUUGCAGGCAUUCAACACGUUUAUUGACGAUGUGUUUGCAUUUAUCAUCAUUAUGCCAACCGCUCACCGACUGGCUUGCUUCAGAGAUGAUGUGGUGUUCGUCGUUUAUCUAUAUCAAAGAUGGUAAGCUACGCACGUUGAUUUUUUUUGAUGUGUAGGCUAAAUACGAGCAAUUUUCCAUUUUCAUACAAGCCUUGAAUUGCAAAUUUUCUAAGAAGACAGAAAUAUUUGAGGUUACGUUUGGGUGUCUGUAAAACCAGAAACAGGCCCGGAACACCCCGGAACGCCCUUAACCCUUUCACUGCCAAAUGUGGCCGGAGGCAAAUUUGACCAAAUUUCCACGUUUCAUUUUCUAAAAUUUUGACAAACAAAUAGCAUCAUGUGAAAGUACAGACAGAGAGCUUUCAUUUGAAUGGUCACAUCAUAGGAUUCCGUCUGCAGACUCAAGAGUUAGAGUCGCCUUACAAAACUCCAUCAAAUACUCUGGCAGUGAAGGGGUUGAUUACAAACAUUAGGCAAAAGAUUACAAAACCAAAAACAGCCCCCCCCCUCCCCCCCAAAUAAAGCCACACUAAACAAAAAGCAGACAAACAAACAGCAACAAAAAAGAAGCUGCUAACGUUUGGUAGUGGUAUACAAUACAGGUAUUUCACGGAUGCCGUUUCAAAUUGGCGGGGUAUUUUCUAGUUGCUCCUGCUCUACUGAAAAGAACGAGUGGAACAGUUCUAAGUUUCUUCUGGUCUUUCUUUCUACUUGCCUGCCGUUGACUACGUUUCCUCACUGGUAUAUGAAAUUCCACAAGUUGCCAAAAAAAAAAAUAAAGAAAAACCGCAUUAGACGUUUGACCGAGGUAGAGGAUUUUCCUAACCAAGUCUAUUUCCGCAGGUUGUACCCUGUGGACAUGAAGCGCGUGAACGAGUUCGGCGUGUCUUACGACAACCAGGAGAAGGAGCAAGUCAAGCCACACAAAGAUUAAUAAU